AAAUACCCAAACACUCUCGUCUCCAUCACAAUCGCCUCCCUUUGCCCUCCACCACAGCCGUCACCCACUCAUCGCAAACUCCGCCUCUAAACAUGUCUGGAAAAGUCAGUGGAAAAUCAAAGUCCGGCAAGGCUGCCGGUGGCGACGCGACGGGCAAGUCUCAAUCUCGCUCAGCAAAAGCUGGUCUCCAAUUCCCCGUCGGUCGUAUACAUCGUCUGUUGAAGAAGGGAAACUACGCUCAGCGCGUCGGUGCUGGUGCUCCAGUAUACCUCGCUGCAGUUCUCGAGUAUCUCGCUGCUGAGAUUCUCGAACUCGCCGGUAACGCCGCCCGUGAUAACAAGAAGCAUCGUAUCGUGCCUCGGCAUUUACAACUUGCCAUUCGAAAUGAUGAGGAAUUGGGCAAACUUCUUGGCGACGUUGUCAUCUCGCAAGGCGGUGUUGUUCCCCAUAUCGCACCGGAGCUACUGCCCACAAAGACAGGGAAGGGAAAGAAGGAUGUAGAAGCAUAAACUACCGGGUUGCGUUUUCCUAUCUAUUUUUUCAUCUUAUUCUGUACACUGUUUGUAUCAUUAGCUAUAUCUUAUGAUCGGCUUACUUUGA